AGGUUACCUGCAAGAGUGGAAAGCAAUCCCUCCCCGAUUAACGAUUGACUCAAGCCUUGUGGAGGAGCCAAGAGCCCUUUCACCUCUGCUAUCUCCCCAGCCAGACUUCAGAGGCAGAGCAGCGCUGCCCGGGAAGGAUGCCAAAGCCCUCCCUUGUGCCGGGGCUGCGGGCAGGGAUGGAGAGUUGGCUGCUGGUUGGGGGUGAGGGUCUGCUGCCCUCCUGGGGGGUUUUUGUCUUCUGUGCUGUCCCAAGCCAAUGGAGCCCAAAAGAUAUGGCUGCGUCACGUUAUUUUGGACCUGCUGGAGGUGAUUUCAGGUGGUGUCCCUAAGGCUACCCCAGCCAAAGAAGGGGAACUGUGCUGUGUUCCCAACUGUGCAGGGCUCACCCAAGGCAUAUGCAACCACCCAGCCCAAGCUGCAGAGACUCCAGCAGGACAUGCAUCCACCUGAGACUGAACUAUGGCUAUUGGCCUUUUUGUGCUGCUGGGGACAAUGAUAAGAGAGGGAUGCAUGUGACAGCAACACCUGCAUCCCCGGGAGAGCCCAGAGGUCUCUGGAGGGCAAAGCACACUGGCAGAGCCACAGAGAUGCUUCCCCAGAGCGCCCCAGCCAAGUGGGGUGACCCAUCCCUUGGUGGGGUGAGCACACUGGGAUGCAGCUUGUGCUUGCUGCAUCAGUGGGGCUUUUUUUUUUUUUCACCGGUGCCAUCUCCAGCCCUGGGCGCGGGCCGGAGCGUUUGGCAGAGAUGGUGGAGUAGGGUGGUUUGUUUUCCCUUCUGCCUUGUUUCAAAAUUCCCCCUCCCACAGCAUCUUGCGAAACCAGACUGAGCCCACAACACGCCAACACGGCGGCCGGCAGCCUCUCGCUCUGGGAACGCGCUGGCUGAGAGCCCUGCCACCGCCCAGGGCCUCUGCUUGUCUCCCUGUCUCCCUGCCAGCACCUCAAGUGCUUGGUACCAGAGCUUCCCAACUGCCUGUCUCCUUUCCAGUGCACUAACCAAGACCUCCGGCUCCAUCUCGGAGCUGUUGCUGCAAAAGAAACACUCGGGGUGCUCAGGGUGCUGGCAAAAAGGGUCAUGCCGGAGCUCUGCGGUACUUACGGUGGCAGCUGGAGGAGACGUGGUGUGGACCAAGAGUGGCUGUGGCCAGGGGUUACCCAGAACUGGAGGUGGCUGGUUGAGGGAGGACGAGUGGCCAGAGCCCUGGCCCAGGGGAUCAGGAGCUGUGAAUUGUUUAGCUACAGCUUUGCAAAAUCCACCUGCAAAUCUCAGCCUGCAUCAGAGGCUUAUUGCAGAUCAGAAUUAAACCCUUUCGGUGUCGGGAAGGAUUGGGAACCUGGGUUGCCUUGUUUUGCUUAUUGUCUAUUAAUUAUCAGGGUAGGUUUGUCCAAGUGGCUCAGGUCUGUGGCUUGCUGUCACCUUUCUAGCCAGCUUUGAAGGGUGGCAGGUGACUGUGUCACCGUCCCUGUGCCCGCUUCAGGCUGCAUCACCAGUGCUGGGGUCGGAGGGGCACUGAAACGCCAGCAGGUUGAACUCCUCCAGCCCACAGGGUGAGCUUGGGGUCUUGGUUUGCUCCUCCUGGCCCUGCUUGUCCUCUGCAGGGUUUGUUGUUUUAAGACUCUUGGCCCAAAUGAGGAGCAAAUGGAGACGGUAAUGAGGGCUGCGCUGGCCCCGUGCCCCCUCCUGCUCGCCGGCUGCUGCAGAUGGAGAGGGGCAGGGAGGGCCCCUAGUGACAAAUUGUGCUUGGAGCUGAGCAGGCUCCAGCCGGUGUUAGGACAGGGCUGUCUGGAUGCUUGUAGCAGAGCUACAGCAGGGACCAUUUGCCAUUUUCUUGUUCCAAAUUGAAACCCUCCAGGGAGCAGGAGGUGACCUGUCUGCCAGCAGCACCUCACCUCAAGUGGGCAGAGAUGGGACACAUGGCAGUGCUGGAGGCAGGGGUGGACCUUGCACCCUUGUAUCAAGAAGCUUUUCUGUACUUUCCGGUAUGGUUCACAUCUCAAAAAGCCAAAGGAGAGGGCAAGCACAUGCUGUCCCUACUGUGCUGGCCGUGUGGAACGGUGCCUUGCAGCUCCCUGGGGUGAUCCCAGCAGGCACCAUGGAUGCCUGAGCAGGACCAUGGCCCUGCCUGCUCCUGGGGUACACCCCUGCUGUUCAUGUUCCCUCCCUGUUCUCUCUUGGGCAUCCCAUCACCUGGCCCCUGGUCGCUCUGUGCUUGCCCCUGCUGCAGCCCAUCACCCUCUUAUCAUGCCCAUUGUGCUGUCCCCAUCACAAGCCCACCACACUGUGCCCAUGGCAUGCCCAUCAGGCUGUCCCAUCACGUGGCCAUUGCACUGUCCCCAUCCCAUGCCCAUUGUGCCAGCAGUCCCCCUCCUUUCCCUGUGUCACCCCUCCUUUAUGCAAAUGGCUACCAAGAGCACUUAAUCAUCCUUGUUAAUGGUUUCUGCCCUCCCCUGUCCUCCCCUGGGGAUUUUCUCACAAAUGGUGUCUAACUUUUCCCUUCUGUGUUUUGCUUUUCCACCAGAGAUCACAGCCCCUCCACCCAAAGCCUCCCCCCAACCCUCUGUUUACACAACUGGGACAAAUUUCACACCCCAGAGACUGCUGUCCCCGCACCCCUAGUCCCUCCAUCCCCUGCCCUUGCCCUGCCCUGAAGAAUUUGUGAGUCAUCAGCCGAGGCAGGGCUAUAAAGGUGUCCUCACCAAGGGUCUGCAGCAUCGGAGGGGACACCGUUGCCUGCCACCAUGGAAGCUGCUGCCUGUUGCCUGCCUCCCCACGGGCUCCGGGUGCCGGUGGCCAGUGCUUGCCCAGCCUCGGGGCUGGAGCAAGGGGGAAGAUCCCCAACUCUCUGGAGACCGUGGCUGCCCCAAGGAGAGGAGGGAACCGGGCAACGGAGGGAGCAGAUGGACACUGUUUGGACUCGGGAGGCGGGAGGGGUUGGCGGCCCCGACAAAACGCUGUCGUUGUUCCACCACCCGGUCAGGCUCCUCUGGCCCAAGUCCAAGUCCUUUGACUAUCUGUACAGCGUGGGGGAGAAGCUGCUGGAGAACUUCCCGGUGCAGGCCACCCUCUGCCUCUACGAUGAUUCGGACAGCGAGAUGGAGGAGGAGGAAGAGGACGAAGACGAAGAAGAGGAGGAGGAGGCAGGGGACACGGUGACGGGUCCCCCGCCGCAGGCAGGCGGCCCCGGCAGCCCCGUGUGAGAGCGCGGUGCAGCAGGCAAGGGGCAGCCCCGGCGGCACCGCGGAGGUGCAGGCAGCCGCCAG